GUUUACAGCUGGCUCGCAGGUAAAUCGAAACUAAAAUUACGAGUUCGUCAUCUGACAAGAUCGCAGUAAACAAAAGCUUUCAACUUCUUAUUUAUCGGUCAGUUUGAGAUUCAGAAACCAGGAUGUCCAGCACAGUCAUACCCAUGAACUCUUCAACGCUCAUCAUCCAGUUUCAACCACCAACACAAACAACACCUGUUACGACGGUGGCAAAUGCUCCUGUGCCUGUUUAUGUACAACAGGUGGUGGGUGGUUCACCUCUUCAUGGACUUAAGGCAUUUCUGAAAGGCCAACCGAAAGCCCUUGGGACGGUCCAGAUAAUGAUCGGCCUGCUGACUCUCCUGUUUGGCAUUGUGUGUACAGUUAAUGCACAGUCCAUCUUUGUUAUUACUGGUCUUCCGUACUGGGGAUCUAUAAUCUACAUUACCGCAGGCGCACUCUGUAUUUCUGCCGAAAAUAAAAUGAAUUUACCCUCCAGUUCGUGUUUGGUGAAUGCUUCACUUGGAAUGAACAUUUUCAGUACUAUAACCGCAGGCAUUGCCAUUAUUUUCACUUCACUGGAUUUGGCUUUAGGGCCAAUGAACACUUACUGCAGUGGAUAUGACUGUUAUUAUUUUGAGAGAACUUAUGAGACUCUCUUCAGGGGAAUCAGUGGUGUGUUGUUGGUAUUCGCCUUGCUUGAGUUUAUCAUCUCCAUCUGUCUAUCAGCAUUUGCCUGUAAAGCUAGCUCCUGCUGUUGUCCUUCUCAGGUGCAGUAUGUUCCUCAAAGCCUUCCACAGCCCACUGAUUUUAGGCCCAUUAAUUUUCAUGGUCUUAACAGCUCAGAGAUACCUGUGGCCAGCAGCUCUUCCAUUCAUCACCAUCCUGUAGAUGCUCCCCACAAUACAGUGAAUACAGUGAAUUCAAAUAAAUAGAGGACAGUGUUCCCUUAUGAAACAAAAAUAUAUGGAAAUGUAUUGGAAAAUAUAAUGCAAUAUAUUAAAUAAUAUAUUUCCAUAUAUGGGACACUAGUGCUUAUAUUUUUCAAUAUACCACAAUAUAUUCAUGGACUAUAUAUAGCUAUAUACUGAUGCUGAUAUAAAUUAUACACUACAAAAGUACACUUCAUUUUUACAUGUAAUUGCUUUAUUGAAACUUUAAGUUGCUCUUUGAAGAGUUGAUUAUAGCUGAACACAUAAUCAUUAACUUUACAAACACUUUAUUGUUUGCAUAUUUACACAUUUCAUAUAUAUAAGAAAAGUGUGUACUGGAAACAAAUAUUAAAAGUAGAAUAUUAUUGUUGUUGUCCUGCAGUUGUGUGAUGUUUUUGUACAACACAUGGGUUUUCCCACUGUCCCUCUAAUGUCCUCUCAUUAGAAAAGAUAACAUGUAAGCAAAGAAAGCAAUCACUUGGUCAAAUAAUAAUUGCGGUUUUCACAUAAGUCACAUUUGUGCAAACUAUAUCUAUUCAAAACUAGAAACUGUUUCACGAUUUUCUGGCUGUAGUUAUGUCAAGAAUGCUGCAAUAAAUUAUUCAUAAUUUA